GCGCGCGAGGUGUACGUGAAAAGAAGUUCCGUUUUGAAUUUUUGCUUCCUUUUUGAAUUUUUGCUUCCUGUGUUCCGAUGGAAGUCACACCGCGUGCAAGUGUCCUCCUCUUGUCGAUGGUGAACCGGGCACGUACCGACGCGGAAGUCUCAGAUCCUGGAAGCAGUGUGGACGAUCUACAGCAGCAUGGAGCCACGGGACCAAGCCAGAGGACCAGCCGCCGCAGUGCAGCUUGCGAAUGGACGGAGGGCGAAACGAAAUUGAUGCUUGAUUAUUAUGAGCAAUAUUUCCCCCAGGUGGGACCCAUGAAGAAAUUUAGAAAUAAAAAGGAAAUGUUUGGCCGCAUCGCGGAAAACCUCAAUAAAACAAUGGGCAUAACGAGGACCGGAGAACAAUGCUGCAGUCGCUUUAAGACUGUAAUUAGGCGCAAAACGUCUGCAACUACCCAAAAUAAGAAGUCGGGAAAUUCGCCCAGCGAUGUGCCAUACGACGAGGAGCUGGCCAAGAUAGCUGCUCUAGACGACAGCGUUGAACCAGAGGAGUUGCGAGAUGGCUACGGCGUUGUGUCUAGAAGAGAUACUGGGAGUGUGUCCAGCAAAAAAGGUAGUUAUAGUUCGUCAGAGGAGGCGGAGGAGACGCCGGAAUUUGAAGAAUCUCAAAGCUCGCAGAGUACUCAGAGUAGUUCAUCGACAGGGCAGACAAACACCGCUGAAAGACAAAAAACCAGGUCCCCGCGUGUUUCCACAUCAAGACUGCAAGAUAUGAAAUUUUUUCUUGAAGAAAUUAAGGAGCUGCAUGCGCAGAAGGAAGCACAGAGAGCAGCACGACACGAGGAAAGAAAAAAGCAGAAAGAAGAAAGCCGGGAAGAGAAGGCGAGACAGCACAAGGAGAAAAUGGCAAUGCUGAGCCGUCUCCUUGGAAUAACUGCGACGAGUGAAAGAGAAAAUAAAUAAACUGAUUUUAUUAAGCAUUUGUUUGUUCACUUCCAUAUAAACUUGCGAGUUUCACACGUAAUGCGGUAUAUACAUUCAUACACAGUACUUGCACAGCCAUAUAGAUAUAGAAAAAUAAAAACGAAAGUAACGAGGGUGGAAAUGAAUAUCAAAAGAAGCGAUCAGAUUGUACACACGAAUGAAAUCAGCAAGGCUAGUUUUUUUUUUUUUUUUUUCCACAGGACAAGUGCCUAUAUCAAUGAAGCACUGCAGCUAUGCUGCUGGAACUGGCAUGCCAUGAAAGCAGCAAAAGUCUCUUGUGGAUUUUUUUAUUGUCGCCCAAACAUUUUCGCAAACACUUUAUCUCGCUUCAAUUCUCCGAGCUUACGCAGCGCUGAGUACUGCAGAACGACGUCGUCGACAAAACUCGCAACUUUCGCUUUCUUCUCCGGCGGCCGAAACAUGACGUCGAAAACCUUUUCGUAUAUUCUAGCUUCUUCAUCGCUUGAGUCCUCACUGGUCGAUUCGGAACUAGAGCUAGAAUCGUCGCUCUCCGCAAGCAGUAAAAGCGCGAGCUGACGCUGCGAUGCACCACUCAUGAUUGCUUCCGAGCUGCGACAGGGCACGCCCGGGCUUGCCCGCGCAGCGCGAAGCGUUGGUCACGCGGUGCGCCACGUUCUGCGCACGCGCCGGGCGCUUGCGACUUCCGGUCGAAUCCGCCGCGUUUCGCGGAGUAAAGAGAGCUGCUCCGUGGAGUGGAUUUCGCGGCGGAGCUGCUCCAGAUCUGCCAAUGAAACAUAGAGGGAGCACUCUCAAUCUGCCAAUGGAACAGACUUGCUCCGCGUGGAGCAGAAAAACUGCUACCGGAAGUGCUCCGAAUCUGCCAAUGGA